AUGUUUACAGUUGUGGAGUUGGUUGUGUUAUCAUACAUCUAUCUAGUUAUCAGACUCAAAAUGGGAACGGCGGAAUAUGUGCAAAUUAAGGAUCUUAAACCGGGUUUAAAGAACAUAAACGCCGUGUUCAUCGUUCUAGAAGUGGGACCGCCGACGCUAACGAAGGAGGCGCGCGAGGUCCGCACGUUGCGCGUGGCCGAUGCCUCGGCGUCCGUCAACCUGUCGGUGUGGGACGAACCCGGCGCGCUAUUGCAGCCCGGUGACAUCGUGAGGCUCACGCGUGGCUACGCUUCGCUGUGGCGGCAGGCGCUCACUCUCUACUCGGGCAAGUCGGGCGACAUUCAAAAAGUAGGCGAAUUCUGUAUGCUGUUUAACGAGCAGGUGAACAUGAGCGAACCCCAACCGGCGCCGCAGACUCCGGCCGCCGCGCCCCAGUGCCCGUCCACGGCUACGACUCAAGGACCUACUAAAGGAGAGCGCUUCAGUCAGGGCUCCCAGGAGCACACCAAUAAAAUUCAACAUAAGAGUUACGUUCGGGGCCGUGGACAUCAACGCGGCAACAACCGACGGUGA